AUGAGAGGGUGGGGGAUUAACAUAGCUGGACUCUGUGAGCUAUGUCAGGCUGCUGAUGAGAGCCUUGAGCACUUAUUCUUUGAUUGUUAUUUCUCCAAGGAGGUUUGGGGUGGUGUUUUGCAGCAUAUGGAGGUUAACAGAUCAGUAAUGCAGUGGGAUUUGGAGGUGCAGUGGUGCUCAGUAAAGAGCAGAAGCACUAAAGCAGCUGAUACUAGGAGAAGCAUUGCCUUUGCUGAAACUGUGUAUGCUUUGUGGCUUCAGAGGAAUGCUAAGAUUUUCAAGAACAAAACAGAUUCUGUUGAUUGUAUUAUUAGGAGAAUACUUUUCAUAGUGGCUUGUAGAUAUGAGUAA